AUGGGUGGAGUGAGUGCAUUUUCGAUGGUUCAGCAGCAGAAGGUAUCACCGAAUCGAUGCACUGAUUUGGGGCGAUCGAAAGCGAGAUCGAGCAAACUAAAACGGCCCACACUAUCGGCAGCAACAUCUACUCCAGCAGCACCUGGCAGCACAACACUACACACUACUAGCAGCACAUCGAAGAGCGGCGCAUCUGGCAAAGCAACGAACGCAGUCAGAAUGGGUGGCGUGAUGUCCAAUAGUUCACGCACCAAAUCAGCCGUUCGUAAACAACUACGUGAAACUGGCGCAAGUAUGGCCAGAAGGUUAUCGUCGUCAGCACGUCGCUCAUCACCGUCUCAAUCGCUAGCCACCUCCUCAACCGCUCAAUCGCUGAACGGUCGUGAUCGCGAUCGAAAUGGAAACCACCGCCGUCGAGACGACACACAAACUCAGUCAGAAGUGGUAGUACUACGUGAAGAUAAUCAUUCCACGAAUAAUAACGCAACGACGGCCGCGACGAAAACAACUCUGAAGAAUAAUUCUGAAUGUAACGAACCGGCUGAGAAACGAACGCAUUUGGUUAGCGUCGAUGACAGUUCGUUGGAGGCGAGUCACUUGGAUGCAUGUGAAGAGAAGGAAGCCGACGACAGGGAGCGCUCGGAACUUCGAGAGAAGUACAUAUCAGCGAAACGAGGCAGUAGUGUUCUGUCGGCACAAGUUUCGAGUUACGCAGAGCGAGUGGAUUCGUUGAAAAAUGAGCUGGAACAGAGUCGUAAGCGAGAGACACAGCUUCACGUACAGAUCGAUCACUUGUCAAAUUUACUGAAGCAGAAGGCAGUGGACGAAUAUGAACGAAACGAGCUGCAAACAAAAGAUGAGAAUAAGGAGAAUAGUGUACUUCGGAAUUUGGUGCAAGAAAAUGAACGUCUCCGAUUGCGAAUUAAUGGAUUGCUGAGCGAGAAGGAAGCGUUACGAGUUAGCCUGCAAAAAGCGAACGAAGAAAUCGAUCGACUUAAAGAAGAAUUGCUCAAACUGAAUUCUACAAUUGAGGUAGAACGUGAAGAAUGGGAUAGAAUGCAAUCGGAUCUACUUAUCGCCGUACGAGUGGCGAACGACUUCAAGCUAGAGGCACAAGAGGAGAUGAAGACUCUCUACGCCAAAAUAGCCGAUCUACAAAAGCGACGACAAAGCAAUCUGGCGAAUAUGUCAUCGGGAAGUAUCAAGCUAUUCGACGAGCGAUCAACGUGCUGGGAGGAUAUCGCAUGGGAACGUCUGAUGCGCGGAUGUGAACGAGGUUCAAGACGGAAUGCGUUACUUCGAUGGUGUCAACAGUCCAUAUCACCGUCAUAUCCGAAUAUCGAAUUGACAAAUUUUAGUAGUUGUUGGACCGAUGGUAAAGCGUUGUGCUAUCUGUUGGCGAAUUUCUAUCCGGAGAAGAUUGAUGCAAAGGUAUUGUGUUGUGCACAUCAUCUCAGUGGCAUCAUUUUAGCAUUUUCGCCUUUUCAACUCCAAAUCUUCAUAAAUUUAGCGUUGAAUUACACUUUGAUAAAAUCAGAUUUUGUCAUCAACUUUAAAAAGUUUGCGAGUUAA